AUUAGCUAUCAAAAGCCUGAAAAUCAAAGAGAUGGGUAGUCUCUUAUUCUUACAACGGAUGACCAGAAUUCUGAUAAUAUUUCAGGUUUCAAUUCUCUGGGUUUCAAUUGAUGUUCCACCUGCAGAGGCUAGAAUCCACAACUAUACGUGGGAGAUUUCAUACCAGUACAAGUUUCUUGACUGUUACAAGAAGCUAUCUAUUGCCAUUAAUGGAAUGACUCCAGGACCUGCAAUUGAUGCAGUGCAAGGUGAUACAAUUAUUGUCAAUGUUAUUAAUAACUUGGUCAUGGAAAAUGUUGCCAUCCACUGGCAUGGGAUCCGCCAGAUUGGAACUCAAUGGAGUGAUGGAACAGAUGGAGUUACUCAAUGUGCUACAAUGCCUGGUGACACCUUCACCUACAAAUUUGUUGUCGACAGGGCUGGAACAUAUAUGUAUCAUUCGCAUUAUGGAAUGCAAAGAGAAUCAGGGCUAUAUGGAAUAAUCCGUGUAUCACUUCCUAAUAGACAACCAGAGCCCUUCCCCUUUCCUUAUGAUUAUGAUAGAGACAUCAUCCUUAGUGAUUGGUACCACCACAAUCCUUAUGAACAAGCCACGAACUUGUCUUCGAUACCUUUUCAGUGGGUUGGAGAACCUCAGUCACUUCUAAUCAAUGGAAGAGGGAAGUACAAUUGUUCUCUUUUGGGUUCAAGUGUAGACCCAGAAGUUUGUAAUCUAACAAAUCCUACAUGUUCUCCAGCAGUAUUAACAGUAAUUCCUGGAAAAACAUACCGGUAUAGGAUUGCUAGCUUGACUUCACUUUCUUCUUUCAGUUUCCAAAUAGAGGGCCACAACAUGACAGUUGUUGAAGCUGAUGGGACAUAUGUUGAGCCAUUUGUUACCCAGAACUUAUACAUUUACUCUGGUGAGACAUUUUCUGUCUUAGUGAACGCCACUCAAGACCCUACAAGGAACUACUGGGCUACCAUAAAUGUGGUUAGUCGAAAACCAGCAACUCCUGAUGGAUUAGCCAUUUUCAAUUACUACCCAAAUCAUUUCCAUAAAUUGCCUCCUACUGUACCACCUCCUGGUCCCCUUUGGAAUGAUACUGAUUCCAGAAUAAACCAAAGCCUCGCCAUUAAAGCACUUCAAGGUCAUGUAGAGUCCCCUCCCAAGACAUCAGAUAGAGUGAUUGUACUUCUCAACACGCAGAACACCAUUGAUGGCAAAUAUCGCUGGUCUCUUAACAAUGUAUCUCACUCCCUACCUACUACCCCAUACCUCAUAGCACUCAAGGAAAAUAUGAGUGAUGUUUUUGAUCAAACCCCACCUCCAGAAAACUACAACCCAGAUUAUGACAUAUUCAAUGUUGCGAAUAACACAAAUGCCACUUCUAGUACAUCCAUUUACAGGCUCAUAUUUAACUCCACAGUGGAUAUUAUACUUCAAAAUGCCAACACCAUGACGAAGAAUAAUAGCGAGACACAUCCUUGGCAUCUACAUGGGCAUGAUUUUUGGGUGUUAGGAUAUGGGACCGGAAAGUUCAACAAUGAAACUGAUGUUGGGAAAUAUAAUUUGGAUAAUCCAAUAAUGAAGAAUACAGUGCCGCUUCACCCUUAUGGAUGGACAGCAUUGAGGUUUCGAGCAGAUAAUCCAGGCAUCUGGCUUUUCCAUUGCCAUAUCGAGUCUCACUUCUUCAUGGGAAUGUUAGCAUUGUUUGAAUCGGGAUCAGUGAUGGUUUCAGACCCCCCACAAGCUAACAUGGGCUGUGGGGAGUCCAAGCGCUUAAUUAAUAAUACUAUUCUUGCUUAAGGUUAUUAUUAUUAUUUUUUAAUAUUAGCAAAGAAAUGGCAUUUGUAUUGGUAUUUUUUAAUAUUCAGUUUGUGUACACAAAGAUUGUAUCUUAAUUAAUUGAGCGUUUUUCAUAUAGAUUUA